AUGGUGAACUCUGCCCUAGGUGAUGAUGUCUUUGGAGAAGAUCCUACUGUGAACAUGCUUGAGAGCAAAGUGGCGACUUUGUUGGGAAAACAGGCUGCUUUAUAUGUCCCAAGUGGGACUAUGUCCAAUUUGCUUGCUGUCAUGGUACAUUGCAAGAAGCGGGGCGCCGAAGCGAUAGUGGGAAACAUGUCGCACAUUUAUAAAUACGAACAAGGAGGCGCAGCCCAUAUAGCAGGCGUGCUUUUAGCCACGAUACAAAAUAAACCCGACGGGACCUUCGACUUGAAAGAGCUAGAGAAAAAAUUCCGUGGCGAAGAUAUUCAUGAGCCUGUUACAUCACUGGUGGCGAUUGAAAAUACGCAUAACAGUUGUGGUGGGAAAGUGUUGCCAGUGCAGUGGAUAGACGAAGUCGCCGCGAUAUGCAACAAGCACUCCGUUCCUCUACACAUGGACGGCGCAAGGCUGAUGAACGCCAGCGUGGCGCUCAAAGAAAGCCCAGCGAAGCUGGUGCAAGGCUGCGACAGCAUAUCUAUAUGUUUCAGCAAGGGCCUGUCGGCGCCUGUGGGUUCGUGCCUGGUUGGAUCAUAUCAUUUCAUUGAGCAGGCUCGUCGCCUUCGGAAAAUGUUGGGUGGCGGUAUGAGGCAGGCGGGAGUAAUCGCUGCAGCGGCUGUCGUCGCUUUGGACGAAGUGCUUCCGAAACUGGUCUUCGAUCACAAACGUGCUCAGAUACUUGCUAAAACAAUCCAAGGCCUACUGCUGAAAACCUUCACAGUAGACGUCGAGGGAGUACACACGAAUAUAGUGAUGGUGCAAAUAUCGGAUCGCAGCUCGCUGCUCUCGGAGCAGCUAGUGCAGCGUCUUGAACAGGUUUCCUUGACGGAGACACAGGGCGACUGUAAAACAGCAAAUGACGAAGGAGUGAUAGUCAAAGCAGUCAGCUUCAGUGACAAAAUGAUGAGGCUAUGCCUCCACGCUGAUAUAACUGAUGAAGAGCUCUGGAUGGCCAUUAUGAAGAUCACCUUUGUCUUUAAAGAGUUGGACGAAGCUUGUCCGGUUCAAUAG